AUGAACUGUCGAAAUUUGACAAAGAGUUGCAGCCCCACCUACCGGUGCAUUCUAUACAACAUCCUGAUUCUGGGCUCAUUUCUACGGCUGUGCUGGAUUUAUAGGUACGAACAGCUGAAGAUCGAGCUGGAGAUUCAGCGGCUAGAACAACGGUAUCACGAUUUCCGUAAAUUGGGCGCAAAAAUAGAUGAUGUGCGGGCGGAGCUGAUGGACAAUGGGGGAACAAAGGCGAUUGUCAAGCCGUUCGCGACGAUAGACUGUGCCCUCCCGAUUCGCUACAGUACCCUCGUGCAAGUUCAGGCCCGGAUUUCCGGCGAUACCGCUCGCCAGAACUUGAUUCUCACCCGAGAGCCGAUGGAACGUUUCCUGUCGGCUUUUCUGAUGCUUUGUAUUGUACGACUGGAUGACUGCUUCGGCUGCUACAAAAACAUGGAAUGUGUCUCGGAGAUGCUACUCAUCCACUCUCAAAGAUACGCAUCAGGAGAUCAUAGCGUUGAGGGGAAUGCCCUCUGGCAUAUGGCGCCUCAGAAUUGGCAUUGCAAUCUGCAGGGAGCCACGCAGGAAUAUGAGUAUCUAGAUUAUUCCCCGUUACAGGGAAGGAAAUUUUCUGAAAAAUUGAAAGUUCGUUUGGAGAAGGCAAAUGUUGAAAACAGCACCGUAUCCAAAAUUAUUGAGGAUAUGGGCAACAAUUUCACCGGCCACCAAACAAUUCUCGAGCCUCAGCGAAAUUACUAUGCGGAAAAGCUCCUCAACUCGAAAAAGAUACGCCGGAAUUUGUUGUACGUGUAUUUCUAUGAUUACGUGCUUUUUGGAUACGAAUUUCCGGACGUUUAU